AGAGUGGCGGGUGAGCUUUUGUGGAGGUGAACGUGCAGUCCUCCACCAUAACACGUCCUCCUUUGAACACUGAAGUCUACCAAAUUUUUCUGCCGACGCACUUGGAAUAAGGUGCAUGAGACAUUUCCCAGCCAUUUGUAGUUGAUGGAGUGGAAUGCAAGACCUUCUUUACAAUGGGACUGGGAGAACUUAACGGUACUUAAUCCAAGAAUUUCCGGACAUGGGGAUAUAUUACAUCCAACUAAUUUUGAAAAUAAACAUGGAAUGAAUGUUGGAUCUUCCAAUUCAGUUGGGGACGCCAGAAUUACUGGUGGUCCUUUUUUCGAGUUAGGGAAAACUUCUCCAAAAAACUCCAAGUCAGUUUCCCAAAAUUCAUUGUCGAUUGAGAAAAGUCGAACAACCAAAUUCACGCUUGAGGGAUUUGAGCCAACUUUAGAAGAUAUUGACAAUAAAUACGAAUUUGUUGAGACUUCAAUUUGCUCCUGUGAACCAAUGCUCAGUCUGAAGCUUGGUAAGCAGGCAUACUUCGAAAAUACUAGUGCUGGAAAUGUUAAAAAGCCAUCUGUUCCCUUGAUGGAAUCCCGAGCUACUCGAAAGAGGUGCCAGAAUACACUAUCCCCUCACUGCCAAGUUGAAGGUUGUAACAUAGAUCUUUCGAAUGCUAAGGAUUACUAUCGCAAACAUAGAGUCUGUGAAUGCCAUUCCAAAUCUCCCAAGGUCAUCAUUGGAGGCAUAGAGCGUCGGUUUUGCCAACAAUGUAGUAGGUUUCAUGGCAUAUCUGAUUUUGAUGAGAAGAAACGAAGCUGCCGUAGGCGUCUUUCUAAUCAUAAUGCUCGACGUCGUAAGCCACAGUCAAAAGUGAUCAGUCUGAAUCCAGCAAGGCUAUCUUCUUGGGAUUUUGUAGAGAGGCGACAGAUUAACAUUUUCUCAGACAAAUUAUCGCUCAUCUAUCCUAUAUCUCGUACGAAUUCAGCAUGGGAAUCUGAAUUGAACACCAGACACCCACAAUGUGGCCAGUAUGUAUUAAAGUCAGAACAAGCAUGUGGUUCGACAGGGCAGCUUAACGUAUCAAGGAAUGAGAUGCGAUGCGUGCGUGCUAUGCCUUAUCACGACACCAGUAAGCUCGUGACCUUCAAGGGACCUGCAACCAGGGUUCUUGAUGCAGCACAGGAUCUUCAACGUGCUCUCUCUCUUCUGUCAACUGAUUUAAAGGGUCCAUAUGAGGCAAAGCUCAUUUCAUCUGACAGCCCUAAUCGUCAUGGUAACCCUAAUUAUGCUAACCAAACCGCCACAUCGCAGUCGCCAAUGGAUCUCGGAAUUCAAAGUCUGCCCUUUGCUUCAGUUGAUUCAGGAUGGCCCAUUGAAUCGCAGGUGCAAGUCCCCCAUCCCAGCAUUGAAGGCAAUGGUUUGUUACAAGACUUGCAGCUCUUCAAAACACCAUGCGAGAUUGGGAUGUUCUCUAACAAUUAAGGUCAGCCAACUUAUUCUUUCCCUACGAUUUUUCAUGCUUUCUAUUUGAAUGAAUUGAAGACUUUGAUGUUCCUGGAAGAUGCAUGUUAACUAAAACGGACACACUCCUUUUCUUGCAUUUUCACUGAUAAUUUUUCUUCUGUGCUGAUGACCGUACUACUUAAAAUCA